AUGGACUCCGCUUAUGGAGGUAAGAGCAUGGAAAAACCAUACGGUGAAAUCCAAGCAUUGCUGAACCACUUUAGUGCAAAUGAUCCAGACAUUGUUACCAGCGAAGUCUUGAGAGGUAGCACUUUUGGUGGCUGUUUGGUGACGAGUAGGAGGUGCACAUACAAGCAUAUCGGAGCAGACAAUCACAAAGGGCUGGACGUCGGGUUCCAAAGCACCCAGGCUAUAUUUGCAGGAAUUGCUGCAGCUUCCAAGUUUGGGCCCGGGUUAGUGCNAGGGGGUCAGGGGUUGGGACGAGAGGAAAGGAGGAAGAGAAAGGUUAAUAUAGUUUGUGUCCAGGAGACUAGGUGGGCAGGGUCAAAGGCGAGAAAGCAGACGAGUAUAAGUUGUGUUAGCGCUUAUGCGCUGCAAGCGGGCUUGGAUCAGGAGGUUAAGAGGCGCUUUUGGGAGGGCCUGAAUGAGAUUGCGCAUAGUAUUCCUCCUACUGAAAGGUUACUUAUUGGAGGGGAUUUUAAUGGCCAUAUCGGGGCGGCUGCUGGUAGGUAUGGCGAGGUGCAUGGUGGCUUUGUCAUUGGGGAUAGGAACGGAGGAGGUACUUCGCUGUUAGACUUCGCUAAGGCUUUCGAGCUGGUGAUUGCGAACUCAACUUUUCCGAAGAGGGAGGAGCAUCUGGUUACUUUCUAA